AUGCCAGCCUUUUCGCGCCUUGUUCGGUUCCUGGCCAGGGACGGCCGUACCUACUACGGCGAUGCCAUCCUUCCCAAGGGUGUCACGGACAUCUCAAAGGCCAAGCAGGCACGUGUCGUGACAGGAAGCAUCUUCGGAAAGCAUGAAGUCACAGAUGAGAUUGCCGACAUCCGGCUACUGCUUGCGCCCCUUGCACCGGAGGAUGUCCGGACGGUUCGCUGUCUCGGCCUGAACUAUGCCCUGCAUGCGAAAGAGUUUCAGUACAAACCAAUUACCUCGUUGGCCGGUCCCUCGGAUCCCAUUCCCGUUCAUAAGCUAGCGCAGGAGGGUGCUGGCCUGGAUUAUGAGUGUGAGCUCGUAGCCAUUAUUGGAAAGCGGUGCUCUGAUGUGCCAGAAUCUGAGGCACUGAAAUACGUUCUGGGGUACGCCGUUGGCAAUGAUGUUUCGCACCGUGACUGGCAGAUCAAACGCGGAGGCGGCCAGUGGUCUCUUGGCAAGGGCUUCGACGGCUGGGCUCCGUUCGGCCCCGGUAUCGUUAGCAGUUCGUUGAUCAAGGACCCUCAGACCCUUCAGAUCAGCACUAAGCUGAACGGCAAGACUAUGCAGGACAGCAACACUGCGGACAUGAUCUUUAGCAUUAAGAAGACCAUCUCCUUCUUGAGCCAAGGCACCACCUUGCUGCCCGGCGAUGUGAUCUUCACUGGAACCCCUUCCGGCGUCGGCAUGGGCAGAAAGCCACAGCUCUGGCUCAAGGACGGUGACGUCGUCCAAGUCAGCCUCGAGGGAAUAGGCAGCUGCACGAAUAAGGUCGAGUUCGCAUCUGGCAAGGAAUCUAAACUCUGA